CAGUGCUGGAUGGAGGGCAAAUUCUUGGAAGGCAGUGAUGUUAAGAUGAGCUGCAAGUCCGCUGAUGGCUCUGAUCCUAUCCAUUACAAAUGGGAAAAAGUACUGGACGAAGGCAAAUAUGUAGACAAGCUGCCUCCACUGACACUGAUAGAUUUCAAAACCCCAGAGAUUGUGGCACUGAGGAAUUUGACCAAGGACGAUGCCGGACUCUACAAAUGCACAGCCAGCAAUGAUGUGGGAGAAGAGAGCUGCACAGUGGAAGUCAAGAUACACUAUGUGAAGGGAAUUGGUGUGGUAGCAGGUGUAGUGGUUGGUGUGUCCUUCGCCAUUCUGCUUAUCUUACUCAUCAUCUGGUUGGUAUUCUGCAAAAAGGACAUGGAAAAAAAUGAAGAGGAGGAGACGCCCAAUGAAAUCAGGGAGGAUGCAGAAGCUCCCAAAGCCAAACUAGUGAAGCCCAACUCCCUCUCCUCAUCUCGCUCUGGCAGUUCCCAUUCGGGCACCUCCUCCACCCAGUCCAUGGUGCACAACUUGGGACCUAAAUGUCAGCAUGCCUUUGUUCCUGCUGUGGCUGCCCUUAACGAGAACUGCCAGGCUUUCCCACAGUCUCCACCUGAAUGCCAUCAGAAGAUUCCCAAGAUCCCUGAACAUCUUUUGCACCCACUUCCAUGUCUACCUCUCACUCCAAACCCAGUCACUGCUGUUAUGAUCAAACCAGCUCAAACCAGGGCCUUCCAAGCCGUGUAGAAGAAAAAUCCAG